AAGCCCCGCAUCACAUACAACGAGUCAACUCAAAACGGAGGCUAAUAAAAUCAAGCAUCCGCAAUGCCUUCACUCUCCUCAAUCUUCCAUCACAAGAGUCACAGUAAUGCCGCUCACGAAGUUGAUGCUGGUGUAAAGAAGACUGAAGCUAAAGCCCCACCUCAGCAGUCAGCAUCCCCUCCUUAUGCAGAGACCGAACAAUCCACGACUCAAACCGCCGCGAAUCCCAACCAUCCUCAGCAAGUCGCUCUUCAAUUCGCUCCUGGCACUGGCCCAGCUGCCCACGGCCAAAUGGCUCAAGCCAAUAAUAUCGGCAUGAUGGCAGGCGGUGCAGCGGGCUGGGCGACUGGCGAGGGUGUAGGCACGGGCAUGUGGGAAGGACAGGUCGGCGCAAACUUGGUGAUGCAGCGGAUCCAGCAGGAACAGAGACACCAAUACUACAGAGAGCAAGCUUUGAGGUAUAGGGAUGGGCUACCAGCGGAUGGGGUUGGCUCUGCUGGAGGUCUGGCGGCGCCAGUGGGCGUAGGAAGGGACAGAAGUCGAAGCCGAAGUCAGCGAAGGGAGGAGCGGAGAAAAGCGAGAUGGGAGAGAAGAGCCAAGCGACGGGACGGCGGUGGCGGAGAAGAGCAUGAAGUUUCGUCAGGAAGUGAUACUGGUUGACUGAAAGGGUUUGUAGAUUGUGUUCUCGUGGAAUAAAUUGGUGAGCUGUGUGAAAGGGCUGCUGGAGAUGGGCUUAGAACAACCUACCAAGUCUUCUUGAAUCAUUGAAGGCCCUCAGAUUUUACCUAGUACUGGGGACUUUCGGUGUCCCAGGCAUGGGCUAACAAUUCGACUUUGCAAUGCAUUCUUUCCCCAAUUUGGGUAUUUCUUUGCGCUUUUCAGUACUGUCUGUUCCUUUCGCUGUUGGUUAAUUAAAAUUCACUUGCAUGUUCACGGUUAAUUUUCAAGGCAGUAUGCUACUGUGAGAACCUUGAUGGGAAAUAUGCUGCUCCAUAGUAUGAAAACGAAAAUUGAAAUUGCGACAAUGGAC